UUAAUGAAGAUUAAAAGGGGAUAGCAUUAGCAGCAGCAUAAGGGGAGGAAGAAGUAAGAAAGCAAAACAAAGAAGCCACCAAAAGCCUCUUCUCCCCUCUUCUCUUCUCUCCUUUCCUCUUCCUUCCUUCCUUCCUCGUUGCCUGCCUGCAUUUCUUCGUCUUCAUAAAUAGUUUUGUUGUUGUACUUGUUUCUUCCAACAGUCUUAACACAGCACCAACAGACUCUCAGGGGGGAAGAAACCUCCACAUGUUGCUUGCCCAUCUAAGCAUUUGAACAAUAUUACCUAGUCGAGAAGGGGAAAAAACGGAAGAGAUUUUGAUUUUGAUAUCUGGGGUUAUCUCCGAAUUGGGCAAAAGAAAAAAAGAAUCUUUUUUUUUUCUGGGGGGGUUUGGAGGUUCUUCAGAUUGUAAGGAUUUGCAGGAUUGGGGUUUCUGUGAAUUCGUCCGUUCUGAACGCUCAGAUCUUAGUCUUAAAAAGAGACGCAGAUGGAGAAGGAAGAGAAGAAUGAGAGGGGGGCGAGUAUGAUGACGACGCCACCGGAAACAGAAUUCUUCUUGCAGUGGGGUAACAGAAAAAGACUCCGAUGUGUGAGAAUCAGAAGCAACACUAGUCCCCCUUACCACCACCACCACCACCACCACCUUUCAUCCUCUUCUGCUUCUGACCUCUCUUCUGCCACCACUGCUUCUACUAGAAUUCGCCGCAGAAUCACUUCUUCUAGAUUCCUUUCUGUCUCGUCCCAUGAUGAAAAGCAAUCAUCUUUUACUCAACCGCCCUCUCGCCUCACAAGGAAUUCAGCAGAGCCGGCAGUGACGCUGAGAUCGGAGAGCCACCGGAGGGUGUCGCCGGAGGAGGAUAGGUCUUACACGACGAGAGGAUCAGUGCAAGUGGUGGGGAAUUUGGAGGACAAUUAUGGUGGGAAGGUCAAUCAUCUAGUAGUGGACGGCCAUGGCGGUGCUGGUGCAGCAGGAAUUUCUGGUGGGGAUGGCCAUAACAACAAUAAUAGUAUUAAUGGUCAUAACAACAGCAGCAGCAGAGGAGGAGCAGCGGUAGCUCCGGUAUGGCCAAAGCUUUAUGUUGCUCUGUCGAGCAAAGAAAAAGAAGAAGACUUUAUGGCCAUGAAAGGUUGUAAACUUCCUCAGAGGCCUAAGAAGAGGGCAAAAGUCAUCCAAAGAACUCUACUUUUGGUGAGCCCAGGAGCCUGGUUAACGGACAUGUCCUUGGAGAGGUAUGAGGUCCGGGAGAAGAAGAUUUCUAAGAAGAGGCCAAGAGGAUUGAAGGCCAUGGGCAACGUUGAAAGCGAUUCAGAUUGAUUGAAUGGAGGAGACGAGGAGAUAGAUGAGGAGGAAGGAGCCUGUUUCUGCAAUUCAGAAGCUGAGCUUCCUUGAUUAACCUGAAAAUUUUUUGGUUCUUUGUUGUUUGUCGGCCGGCGGUGUGGAUUGGCCUUUGGUCGGGUGAGAGCCCUGACCUGGACUCUGCGGAAGCGGGUAUGCUAUGUAAGCAGCGGCAGCAGCCAGCUAGAUAGGGAUAGAGAUAGGGUAUUAGAUGGAAGGAUACCGUUUUACAUCUGACUCCCUAACCUAGGUUGGAGGAGCAAGUUUUAAUGGGUUUGUUUGGAUUGUAAGUUAUUUGAGAAUCAAAUAUUUUUACUGUAGCACUUUUUGUGAUGUGAUGUAUGUGAGAUAAAAAGGUAAUUGAGAAGA